AUGUUAAAGCAGGAUCCAAAUGAAGAUACUAAAUGGAAUGACAUACUGAGACAUUUUGGAAUUCUUCCUCAAAAAGAAAAAAUGAAAGGUGAAAAUGAAGAAAUUCUUUUACACUUGUAGAAAGCAGUAGUGAAACCGUAUGAAAAAAUUAAUCUUGAGGAACUGAAGGAACCUGAAGAAGACUUUGAAGAGGCUGAUAGAAAUUUCUAUCCAGAUUAUGCGCAGCAAUGCUUGCAAGAAUAGAAGUAUCAUCAGAGGAGGCAAAAGUAUGGGGAGCUAAGAGAAAUUUGUGGAGAGCAGUAUGUACAGGAAGUUACAAAUGCUCCAGAGGAUGUUUGGGUCAUAAUUCAUCUUUAUUGAUCAAGCAUCUCAAUGUGUUUACUGGUUAAUGAAUAUCUCAGCCUGCUAGUCAGAAAGUUUCCAGAAGUCAAGUUUCUCAAAGCCAUUGUAAACAGCUGCAUUCAGAACUACCAUGACAGAUGUUUACCUACAAUACUUGUAUGCAAAACUGGUGAAAUAAAAGGCAGGUUCAUUGGAGUAGCUGAAUGUGGGGGAAUACAUCUUCAAGUGGAAGAGCUUGAAAGGAAACUAGGGCAAGUUGGAGCAAUAGAACUAACUCAGAACUCAAAAAAGAACACUAUAGAUAUGAUGACACUGUCUGCUCAUGAAGUCACCAGUACAAAAAGCAGUGAUAUGAUGAAACCAUCUAUUACUUGA